CGUGUGCCACCACCUUCAGAAGUAGGUUAUCAGCCUAUGACCUUCAAAUGCCCACUAUUAAAUAUCUGACUCUCGUAGUAGAGAUAUAUUUUUGUAAAUUCAGUCAAAAGUGUUAAUUGUAUUUAUAUUCCAUUUCUGUUAUGCCCGGUGGGCCCCCCACGCAUGCACACACAUCACCUCCGCGUCUCAUAGGCCGGUGUGAGUGGGACGAUCCCGGCGCCGCUGCUCGGUAGGCAGGGCCAGCGUUUCCGUAAUGAUCAUUACAUGUUGAGGAAGCAAUGUUUUUCAGUAGAGCUGCUGUGACGGACCUUAUCGUCUCCGGACGGACUGCUCGCCAUUUUUAAUUUGUCAUUUGAGGAUUAAUACAAAGAGUUCAUCAUAAUAAGACGUUUCUUCACGGUGACACGGAUCUCCACGAUGAUGGAUAUGGAGGUGAUGCAUUCCGGUCAACAGGUAAAUAAGAGUUGUUUCUUCCAAGUGAUCGCAAACCGGCUCUUAACUUCCUCUAACAGCCAUCCCUGGCAUGCGUUUGUGUAUCGUAUAGUUAUGAUACAGCCUUAUAUAAGAUGACAGGCUGCUAACGGCGUAGUUAGGAGUUUAUAAUAGAGUAACAACUUCAUAGAAAUCCACAGUGCACCGGGGUCUCUGUGGAUUUUAACCUCUGAACUGCUUCAGUUCUGCAAGUCAUUCACUUGUGACGUUCUUCCUCGACAGGAAAUACAAUGAACUCUUAACAAAAUCAAAGUUUAUUUUGAUCGUUUAAGUCGAUAUUCCGGACACUUUCAGGUAUUUUCUUAUUAUACUGUCUACUUGGGUCAACUGAGCCGAAGCUUCUGGAGCCUUUUUCCCAUAACUGUUUUCACUCCCCGCCCCCUGCUUUCCUCAAAGCAUGUGAUACCAUAUCUGAUGUAGACAAGCUUUUCAGCCAUUAGGGAUAUUUGUUUUAAAACUAUAUCCUAGCUCUUAUUUUCUUGCAUGUUUAAAAGAAAGUCAUAAAAUCACCUUGGAUGUGAUAUGUUAUGUAUUUAAAAUGUUGUCCUAGCCUUCCAUCUUCAGUGUUUGGUUAAGCCUGCCAUAAGUCAGGGUCAGUAGAAGUACACAGUUGAGUGAUGGUGAGGGCCUUAAAAAACAGGGCUGUUUUGGAGCAUGUGCGGCUGUGUUUCAUCAUCCAUGGUCAAGGGUGCAUGUCCACUCAGAGAGGCCAUAGUAAACCACAGGAAUCAGCUCCCCUUUGAGGCCCUUGUGUUAAGCUGAAAGGAGGUAAAUGAACAACCAAAACUUAAGGCACACACACCAGUAUCAGCAUUUUAACACGCAGUUAGAUAUUUCUAUUAACCUUUAGCUUUUAAUUUGGUCUGUGUGUGUUUUUGGAAACUGUGGUGUAAGUGUCCUCUCUAUUUUAAACCAACAGCAUAAUGUCAAGCUUGUACUGUGUGGUAGAGAGGUGUGGGAAACAUAAGAAAUUAACUGAGCUAGUUUCCUCGUUCUGGUGCCAAUAGAGUGUCAGGUGACAGCCUUGUUUCUGAUACCAUCCUGAUAACCUGAUCUCGCACACCCACAAUUAUACAACCUAUUUGUCUCUAAUACUGUACAAAAGUUAUCAUACAUAAGUGACUAUGAUUGUCUAAAGUUAUAUAACAGCAAUAUCAAUCAGUGGCAGUGAAAGACCUGAUUGAACUUUCCCUUCAUAAGCAGACAGACCUUAUUUAGACAUGGGCUUGUUUUUAAGGGACUGGUAUGACUUGUCUGAUGAGCUUAUAAGGUGUGACCAACUGGCAAGAGUGUGGGUUUUUCUGUUUGGAAAACAUAACCGACCUCAAGAAGUGCGUACUGACGUCCCAUUUAGAUAUUUUAGGGCACUUCCUCGUUCCUUCAGUAGACAUAAUGCCUGCUUGUGUGCACACAUCCCAGUCAGGUUGUGAGUUAUAGUAGGCAGCCUCGGUAAUGCGUAAUCCUUCAGUGGUCAUGCCUCUGAUGCAACACUGAGGCAAAGAGGGUUAGUGGGUUCUUAUUUUGCUGUGCCGCUGCUGGGGUGAAAAGAAAAAAAACUGUGUCAACAAUGUCUUAAAAUACGGAAAGACUUUUUUUUUUUUAUCACGAGGUUUUGAAAGCUUCCCCAAGCCCACAUUUGAUUGAUUCUAAGAAAUCAAAGGAGGCUGAGUUUCUUCUUAGUUUUACAUCCUCUUCCCUGUGUAUUGUUCUGCUUUGCACCUUAUUUCCCUGUAGUUGUCUUUCUGCUUCCUCCUAGCUCUGUCUGCUCAGGCCAUAUGACUGGUUUGCAAGCAUCAGCUUAUAAGUCAUGUUUAGACCCAAAUCUGGGGAACAAACAGGUCACAUGCGCAGACAUGUUCCUGUGUGAAGCAGUAUCUUUGGUUGAUGUAACUUCUGUGGGCCUUGUGAAAUGAUUUCCUUCUGUAAAUACGGUCUGGUGAAAGAGCCUAGAAAGAGAGGAGUUCAGUUUAUCUUCAAUCCUUUUUGUUUACAGCUGUAAAUAACAUUCAGCUUGUGAGAGGAAAUCAACAGGAAAGAGUCUCAAAACAUUCCCAGUUGUUAAUGCUCUCUGUCGUCCAUAUUGUCAGCAACACUCAAGCCUUAAUGCCGUAAAAAAUUCAUCCAGGACCAAGUUUUUAAAAAAAAUCAGAAUUGUGACAUAAUCUAGUGAGACUGGUUGUCUGUAGUUUCAGCUAUUUGCUUUGAAGAUUAAGCAAAAUCAUUAUAUUACAGGCUAUGAUUGGACCCAGAAACAGAACUACAGGUUUGCUUUAAAGACUUGACAUGCACUUAUAUCACUAAUAUUGUUAAAUCCUUAUACAAGGUCAGUUGUGCAUUAAACUUGACUUAAGUCUGGCCUAUUCAUGAGUUUGAAUGGGAAAAACAUACUCACACCUCCAUGUAAUUAUAUGGGUAAUGAUGGCUGCCCUUCAAGAGUAUCAACUGAUGAUUCGUGUCUGUAGCUAAAGCGCGGUGGCAACAGGAGAGAGAGGAACAUGCAUAAUUCAUGUGGCUUCUCCCUCUUGACAUUAGUGCCAGUGUUGUUGCUGGUGAACAGAUACAGAGGGGCAGGGUGUGGCGGGUGCAGCGGCCACACUUCACAGCAGGGACACUCUUCCUUUAACACCGCUCUCUUUCUCCCUCUCUGCAGGACAAGCAUGUGUGCGGCUCACAACUCUCUAAACUGAUCUGCUGUUGUCUUUCCAGGACAUGAACCUGAUUGACAUACUUUGGAAGCAGGACAUCGAUCUGGGUGCCAGGCGAGAGGUGUUUGACUACAACCAUCGUCAGAAGGAACAUGAGCUGCAGCGGCAGAGGGAGCUGGAGGAGGAGAAGAGGCUGGAUCUGCUGCGCGAGCAGGAAAAGGCCCUGCUGGCACAGCUUCAGCUCGACGAAGAGACGGGAGAGUACAUACCAUGCCCGCCGACCAGCGCCCCAUUGCAGACGACUGUCACGCCUCUGGAGAUUACACAGGUAAAUGCACGUGGCCGUCAUUAAUCAUGUCAGAAGAGGUACACUCCCACCUCAUUCGAUAGGCUGCGGCUUUGUCGUAGCUAGGUAACCACCUCUCUCCGUGUAAUUACAGACACACAGGUGGGUCUGUAGUUUUGCAUUGGUGUGUUGUGCCUUUGGAACUGCUCCUCAGAGAGGAGUGUUAUUAAUAUGAAAUGUUGUUUUUACUAGAAGGGAUGCCAGAGAGGUCACUUUAAAAGAAGCUUUUGAACCUUUUCUUGCAGAAUGUCAGAUUCACAGAGGACAACAGCGAUGCCAUGUCAUUCGAUGAGUGCUUACAGCUGCUGGCAGAGACAUUUCCUGUAGGAGAAGCUGAGGUAAGAGCAUUAAAUCAUUACUACACACAUGACAACACAUCUGACAGUUUAACCUGGUUCUUGGCUGUAUAAGAUAAGCCAUAUUCUUGUGUUUUAUUCACAGAACUCCUCAGCUUGCUUGGAAACGGCUGUUGUUACAGCACCCAUGAUGUCCCCAGAGCAGCCAGCUCUCUCCCCACCGCCAUCGCUACCACCCCAACAGAGGCUGUCCCCAGAUCUGGAGCAGGCCUGGAUGGAGCUUUUGUCCCUCCCAGAGCUGCAGGUAUAAUACUCGAAUUGUAACGCCUCGGUGGCACAGUGGUCUGCGCUGGUAUUUGUUGGAACAAAUACCCAAAGAAUGCAUUAACGUCAGGAGCCCAGCAUUAAAGCGACAAACACCUUUUUGUUCGCCUUUUGAGACCGAGGCGCCUGUAUGAGAGCGAUACACCCGUCUCAUUCCUCUGCGAUUAGGUUUCAAUGUCGAGACUUUUCCUGAGAGUUAGGGAGCUUGUUACUCAAGAUGUGAGGCAGUUUUUAUGAUUAAUAGCCACUAGCUUAAUCCAGCUGAUUAGGAAGACAUCUAGUUUAGCCAGGGUGUGGCUAUCUCAAAUCCUUUGCCUUAGACUUUUGUACUGGUACUUUUUUUUCCUGUCGCUGCCUUAUCAGUUUUGUUUCAAGGCAGCUCAUAUUUGCAUUCUUUGAUGGGUGGAGCUGUGUGGCAUUUGUUGCUUUGAACUUUCAUUUUUCCUGUGUGGACUGGACGACUGUGUCGACCGCAGUUUUAGCAUUAAGCAGCAGUUGCUCUGGCAGGCUUCAUAUAAGACUUACACAUGUGAUAAGGACAUUUUACAGCGCUAGAUAUGGAGUCCUUCAAGGUACAGGAGGCUACCUUGUCUAAAUGCCACAGUCUCUUUCGUGAGAAUUAUAGAUAGAAAUGUACCUUUUAGUGUUAAAAAUGACCGACUUCAAUAUUUGAGUUUCGCAAUCAGGAACAUGCCAGUUGUAGAUGGUUUUUUUUCAUAACUUUUUCACAAGCCUGUGUGCCACAGAUCUUGUUUUGUAAUGUAUAAAUAUUCUUGUUUAUAUGAUUGUUAAUCCUACAGCAAAAUAACUCAUCUUGGAUUCUGGUUUUUGUUACUAGAGCAUAUCUCAUAUAUUGAAGCAAAGCUGUUGUCUGCAUAUGUUUGAGCAUCUUUUUCUUUUUCUUCCAGCAAUGCCUCAAUAUGCAAAUGGAGGACACGCUGGAGUCCACAGCCUACCCUCUUCAGAGCAGCCCAGACGUACAGAAUCCAAACUACACAUUUUACCCCAUGACCAAUCUCACAGAGGCAGAAACAAACAGUGUAAAUGUUUGUCCGGCAGAGUUUAUGAAUACUUUUGAUGGCUCUGUUCCAAGCAUGGCUCCAGCGGACACUCUCAGCCAGAUGAAAGCAGAGGCUCCAGAGUUAAAUACUAACUUCAGCACAGAGAGUUUCUGUGACAUUUUUUACCCCAAUGCCAUCCUAGAAGAGGGCAGCGUUCAACAUGGCAUUGAAGGAAAUGAAAUUAACGCCAUGUCAGAUAUCCAAAACAAACCUCCUUUCACACCAAUGGACCUUUACAGCCUCUCACCCGGUGAUGCUUUUGACAGAGGAAAUCAAAAUUUGACGGCAGAAAUGCCAGACUCAGAUUCAGGAAUCUCUUCUACCACAAGCCCCAAUGCCAGUUCUCCUGGAAAGUCUGUUUACGGGGAUGGCUCCUUUCUUUACAGUGAUUCAGACAUGGAAGAGAUGGAUCAAAACCCUGGAAGUGCAGAAUCUGACUACUCAGAGAUGUUCUCUAUUAACUUUCAACCUGAUGAUCUUCAGCCAUCAAUUUCUGUAUCCGCUGGAACAAGGCAGCCACAUCAAGAGCAGGAAAAGACACACAAACACCACAAAACAGAUCUAGCAGAGGAGAGCGGGCACAACAGCACUCCCUUCACCAAAGACAAGGUGAAGAAACGUUCUGAUGUGCGUCUCUCCAGAGACGAGCAGAGGGCCAAGGCCCUCAAAAUCCCCUUCACUGUAUCCAUGAUUAUUAAUCUGCCUGUUGAUGAUUUCAACGAGUUGAUGUCAAAGCACCAAUUGAACGAGGCUCAGCUGGCCCUGGUCCGAGACAUACGCCGCCGUGGCAAGAACAAAGUGGCCGCCCAGAACUGCCGCAAACGCAAGAUGGAGAACAUAGUGGGUCUGGAGGGUGACCUGGACUCACUGAAGGAGGAGAAGGAGCGUCUGCUGAGUGAGAAGAGCCAGAACGCAGCAGACCUGAAGGAAAUGAAGCAGCAACUCAACAGCUUGUACCUGGAGGUCUUCAGCCUGCUGAGAGACGAGAAGGGGAACUCAUACUCCCCGUCUGACUACUCCCUGCAGCAGUCGACAAACGGCAGCAUCUUCCUCGUUCCUCGAGUAAAAAAGACUUUCAUCAAGAGUGAAGAUAAACUCUUCUCUCCUAAAUAGAAUGGUACAGCAUUAUUAUAGUAAUACUAUGCAAUAACUUUGUAGUCGCCCAGCUUUAAAGCAUUACUAGCUUAGCAGAACUAUUGUAUAGUUUUUGCGCACUUCUUUUGAAUGUAAUAUUUUUGAUAUUUUACUUCUUUUGUACUCGAUAUCGUCAGAUUCUUUAAACAAUAUUGUUUGUAAAUAUAAACAUCACUUGCUAUUGAGAUUGAUACAACUGUUACUGUAUGUGUGUAAAUAGAUUGUAUAUACCAUAUAUCUGUAUUUUAACGAUUGUUUCAAUCAUUAUUAUUCUCAUAUUUUAUAACUGUCCCCGUAUGAUUUGCUGCCCAAGUUCUUUUUUUAAAUCUUGACUUCUCUGCUUUGAAAUAAAGUAUUUACAGUAUAGACA